AUAGCGCCAUACACUCAAAUCCCUGCCCAGUUACUCAGUUGUCAGCUCGGAACCUGCAAACUCGAAAAGCACCCUCUCUCUCUUAUCCCCUCUCGUCGCAGCAUCACACAACGCCUUUCAGUUGGGAGUAUCGCACUGAUCUACAGCGCGACACACACAGCCUCUUGCGGAAUCCUACAGUGCAGCGAUUUUCAAGGCAUAAGUGCGUCCGCGUUUGGGAUGGGAGGUGUUGCGAUCCCGCCGGGUCUGAGUCCACUCGGAGCGGCAUAGUGGCUGGAGAGGGACUCGCUGAUCGGAAGUGUUGUUGGGAUCCUGCUGCUAUUUCCUUUCGCGCUGGAUUCUCAUGCUUUUGAGUAACACGUCGCUGCGGAGGAUUUCGAGCGGACCAAUUCAUAAAGAAGCAUCACAGCCCUGUGGAUUAGGAUACCAAAAGGUGUUUCUUUUUACGCAUCUCGUUGUAAUUUGGAAGUAAAGGAGUUGGGAUUCAUCGCAACGUGCCUGUUACCGCAGUGUCAAUGCGACUGCGGCUGUAAACUGAUAUCCGCAGCGAUUACAGGUAUAGAAUGACCUCAAUCCCAAGAGAGGCCUGAUCACGGAUUGGCUGAGAGUACUGGACCGAGCCCCUUCUAGCCCUCCCUGACACCGCGGACCAUGGAGUCCCACCACACCAGGACAUGGACUUCCUGUCUUACCCUAUGCUGCUUCCUGUUUGCCCUGGCCAUCCCUCUCUUGUUGGCAUCCAGGCCCCUCCCCCAUUCCCCCGACGGCGUCACUAUCAUCACUGCCUCCAUCGACGCAGCUGAGGAGGAGGACUAUAGCACGUUCAGCACCGAGAACCCUGAGUGGAAGUUCAACCACGUGGCCGUGGACGAACGCAACGGCAACGUGUACCUGGGAGCGGUCAACCGCAUCUACAAACUGUCCCCCGACCUAAACGUACAGGUGUAUCACGAGACUGGCCCCGACGAGGACAACCGCAAGUGCUACCCGCCACGCAUUGUGCAGCCCUGCAGCGAGCCGCUGUCCCUCACCAACAACGUCAACAAGAUGCUGCUGAUGGACUACCGGGAGAACCGGCUAUUAGCCUGUGGUAGUCUCUAUCAGGGCAUCUGUAAACUCCUCCGUCUGGACGACCUGUUCAAGCUGGGAGAGCCCUUCCACAAGAAGGAGCACUACCUGUCCGGUGUCAACGAGAGCGGUUCGGUGUUCGGCGUCAUUGUGUCGUACGGGGACUCAUCGCCCGACAAGCUGUUUGUGGCCACGGCAGUGGACGGCAAACCCGAGUAUUUCCCCACCAUCUCCAGCCGAAAGCUGGCGCGCAACUCGGAGGAGGACGGCAUGUUCGCCUACGUCUUCCACGACGAGUUCGUGGCGUCCAUGAUCAAGAUCCCGUCAGACACGUUCACCAUUGUGCCUGACUUCGACAUCUACUACGUCUACGGAUUUGGCUCGGGUAACUUCGUCUACUUCCUCACGCUGCAGCCGGAGAUGGGGAACGGGCCGGCCACCGGCUCCUCCUCCACGGGGCGAGAACAGGUGUACACUUCUAAAAUAGUCCGUCUGUGUAAAGACGACACAGCCUUUAACUCGUAUGUGGAGGUACCCCUGGGCUGUGUGAAGGGCGGCGUGGAGUACCGGCUCCUACAGGCGGCCUACCUCUCCAAGGCGGGUGCCAUAUUGGGGCGCUCGCUAGGUGUGGGGCCCGACGAUGACGUCCUAUUCACCAUCUUCUCCAAGGGCCAGAAGCGGCGGCCACGCGAGGCUUCGCAGGAGUCAGCGCUGUGCGUGUUCGCCCUGCGCGAGAUCAACGAGCGCAUCAAGGAACGACUGCAGUCGUGCUACAAGGGCGAGGGCACCCUGGACCUGGCCUGGCUCAAGGUCAAGGACAUACGCUGCAGCAGCGCUCUCUUAACCAUCGACGACAACUUCUGUGGCCUGGAUAUGAACGCUCCGCUGGGGGUGUCAGAGAUGGUGCAGGGCAUACCUCUCUUCUCUGACUCCACCGACAAGAUGACCUCGGUCAUCGCCUAUGUCUACAAGAACCACUCUCUGGCCUUCGUGGGCACCAAGAGCGGGCGCAUCAAGAAGAUCAGGGUGGAUGGGCCUUCCCACGGUGCAUUGCAGUACGAGGUGAUCCAGGCGGUGGAGCGAGGGCCAAUCCAACGGGACAUGGCCUUCUCCCCCGACCACCACUUCCUAUAUGCCAUGUCAGAGACACAGAUGACGAGGGUACCAGUGGAAGCCUGUGGCCAGUACUCCACCUGCAGCGAGUGUCUGGGCUCAGGAGACCCUCACUGUGGCUGGUGUGUCCUGCACAACAUAUGCACAAUCGAGAGCAUCCUGUCGGGCUGUAUCACCGCCUGGUACUGCAACGGCUCCCCCCAUAACCCAAAGGCUCUCCAGAGGGUAGUGAGGUCUGCACAAUGCACCACCAGGGGCAAACUACCUGCCCUCCAGGACACUUAA